GGCAGUGUCUGUUGGGAUUUCAAGCAAAACGAAGAGGGGGAAAAGAAGAGGAGUUUUGCUCCUUGAAGGAGCUCUGUCCCUUUGUUGGUGGGAUGUGGGGGUGCCUGUGCCCAUCCCUUUCCCUCCUAUUAGUGCCAUUUGGAAAUAACUGGGAUACAAAAUGAAUUUGGGUUGUCAGAGCAGAAUAUAAAAUAACUGAAUUUGGAAGUUCCCAGAAGAAAAAACAUGUAAAAACUAAUGUUUGUGGCAAGCCAAGGUGCAAGAAGAGCCCUAAGGGCAAAGAAAAGACCUGAGGGCAGAGGGGUGCAGGUGACCAUAGUUUAUCAGUUUUUGUGGCAUCAAGAGCCAUUGGAUUAAUUGCACAGAUGUGAUUUUAAUGAGGUUUUUUUUCCCCCCUCCUCGGUGCUCAGAGCAAUGUUUUGGGGCCUGGGGAGCAUCCCUGCCCUUUGGCCAUGUGCAGAGCUGCUGGAGCAUCGCUUUGCAAACAGCAGACAGCUGUAGGUAAUCCGGGCUAAAUCCACUUCCCACACUCUGCUCCUCUGCUACAAACCCAGAGCUGUGGCCAGGCAGAGAUGCAGCAUCCAGCCCCAUAUUUGGAAAAACUGGAGGAGAAAAGGGAAAACAAGGGUUGCCAGCAGUAUCUUCUGUACCAUCUGCUGCGGGAGGGGGCACUGAGGCACAGAGAUUUGCAUUCCCCCCCCCCCCUCCAUGAGCAUCCUCAAGCUCUGGGGUGGGCUCCCACUCAGCAAGCACUGGCUGCCAUCUCCCCAGGGAGUGGGGUCGACGUCAGCGCUGCCAAGCCCAGCCCUACAAAGAGUGGUGCCGAGCCCAGCCCUACAAAUAGCAGUGCUGAGCUCCUGGGCAGGACGCAGCACCGGCCACAGCCACCCCAACAGGUGAGUGCGAUGCGGGGAGCAGGGUGGUGGGACCCCGAUCAGCCCUAGCAGCCCCCGGGUACUUGGCUUUGCUCGUGGGUGUCCGUGCUUGCUGCACCCAAGCCAGCACCCAUGGGUGCCUGUCCUAUCCAGCAUCUGCAUCCCCAAACCCAGCUCAGGUGGGACCUUGGGGUACCCCUCCUUGCUACACCCAGUUUAGCCCCAAAGAGCACCCAUGGGUGAUCAUUCCCUCCAACAUCUCCAUCCUGAAACAGGACUCUGGGGUGCUUGUGUUUGCUGCACCCAGCCCAGCCUUAUGCAGCACCCAUGGGUGCUCUUUCCCUCCAGCACUUCCAGUCCCCAAAACAAGCCUAAAAGGCACCUUGGGGCACAGCUUCUUGCAGACCCGAGCCCACACCAAGCAGCACCAAUGGGUGCUCUUCUCCCUGUCACCUUCAUCCCCAGAUGGGACUGUAGGGUGAUCAGUGUUACUGCAACCCAAUUCAGCAUCCAUGGGUGCUCAUCCCCUGCAGCACCUCCGUUUUCUGAUUAAAAAUGUGGAGUAUCCAUCUCUGCAGACCCAAACCAGCCCCUAGCAGCACCCACAGAUGCCCAUCCCUGGGCACCUCCAACCCCAGUCCCAAAAACCACUCAGGAGGUUCUCAUCCCUGCUGACCCAGCACUGGUCUGGGCACUGGUUGGCUACCAGCCCCAUUCCCCUAUUACCUCUCCAUUACUUCCCAUUACCCUGCAGCCCUGUUUGGUGCCAUGGCUCCUGGUGGCUGCCUGCUGCUGGCCCUGCUGCUGCUGGCAGGCACUGUGCAGGGCCAGCACUGGUCCCACGGAUGGUACCCAGGGGGCAAGAGGGACCUCAGCGCCCCACAGGUCCCCGCCGCACUCCGGCCCUGCCCGACCCCGCCGUGCCGCCCGCUCCAGCCGAUGCCCUCAACCCUCCGGGCCGCAGUGUGGCGCCCUCUGGAGGCCGCCCUGCGCCAACAGCAUUGA